GUGUGCAAAGUUUUACACCAAAUAUCUGGUAAAACCUGUCCACUAUAUGUGCGAAAAUCUUGGGAAAUGCAAUUUGAAAGUCAGUGAAUGCGAACCGAACGGCAGAUGUAAGGCAUGUCUUAUUCACAAAUGCAAAUCAAAAUUCAUUAUCGAUUCAAAAAAGUUGACAAACUAUUCAAAGAUGAGCUCAUUUUUACCGCAAAAUGACAGCAAAAAGACGUCGAAUGAAAACAAGACUAAAAUAAGUACAAAACCCGUGAAUACAAAAGAGACAAAUCGUAACAUUAAGCCCAAGACAUUGAUUCCAACGACUGCUGAAUCGAAAGCGAAAACUUUUAAUUCUCCCAAAACUAAGACAGAGGCCGAGGUUUCGACACUCAACAAAACAACCUCAUUGUCUUCACACAGGAAACUAAAAUCAGAUAAAACUGUAAGAAAUAUUAACGAGAAGAAUGAGAACCAAACUAAGAAAACUGGAAACACGGGUCCCGUAACUAAA